AUGGCUUCUAUGGUAUAUGAUGGUGUUGGGGGCGGAGGAGUACUUUUUGAAGGAAUGAAAUUCUUUAUUCUUCAGCGGGUUCCUAUGCGCUCGAGAUUGGUUGAGAUAAUUAGAUCAAAUGGAGGUGAAGUCGAAAAAAUCGAAAAAAACGCCGAGAUCAUAAUCGCAGAUGGUGCGCGAAAAGAUGCGCCACCAGAUUCUAUUUCAUGGAAGUUUAUUGAAGAGUCUGCGAAGGCUGGGAAAUUGGUAGACAUGGAAGAAUAUCGAUGUGGUGCAUCAGAAAGAGCAUCAGAACGAGCACAUGCACAACCCGCGAAAUCUACGCGCACACCUUUUACAGCGGAGGAUGAUCGAAUCUUGACCCAAUGGGUCUUGGAGGGAGAGCGUCUGGGACGAUUUAUCAAGGGUAACGAAUUAUACAUUGAACUAGCAAAACGGUAUCCUCAUCAUACAUAUCAAUCCUGGCUAGAUCAUUGGAAGAGGCACCUUCUGCCCACUUAUGAGGCAGGAAAGUUACAUUAUAAGCGCGAUGACAAUUUACCAUGUCCCAGCAGGAAACCAAAAUCUGGUAGAAAGGGGCUAGCUAAGCCUCUUGCAACAAGAGUUUCUCAUGAACGCGCACAAUCUGCGGUGCCGAGUGGAACAGUCCCGGUUCCUGCCUCCUCAGCUCCAUCAAAACACACGAGCCUUCGACCGCCGCCUCAACCACCCCGACCAAUAGUUUCAAGGGCCUCAUCCCCCGAGGCAGAGAUAGAAAAGGUUGUGGUUGGAGGACUUUUUACAAAGGAUGAUGACGAUCUUCUACGAGAUGCAUUUGAGAAUAUUUGUAACAUAGAUUCAUCUAAAGAGAUUGAGGCUUGGGAGUUUUGGACUGAAGAGUAUGGGCGUCAUUCUGCUCAAGAAUGGCGAAACUAUUUCCAUGAAGACUUUCGCCCCCGAGAGAUGAAAAAUAGGAAAAAGAAGACAGAGACAACUGUUAAGUCUGUAUCAUCUCCAUCGGUUCAGCAAGUUUCUGAUCCCCCAAGUGGUAAAAGUACCAAAGAUGUCGCGCGAACGAAUAAUUCUACCAAAAAGCCGGAGAGAACCUCGGUGAAAGCUACCGCCAGAAGCUCCGCUACGCCUCAUAACACAGAAUCAAGAGUUGAUCCAAAACCGAAGACACCUGAAGUCUCAACACGAAAAAAUCAUUCUACCUACAAGCAGAAGAAACCCUCAUCAGAAACUGCUAUUGAAGGCUUGGCUACGUCCUCUGGCAACGUUAAAUCAAGAGGUGAUUCGAAAUUAAGCACACCAGAAGUAACCACAAGAACGAAGCAUUCUACGCCCCGGUCUAAAGAAGUCUCGGUAAAAGCCACUGCUCGAAGUUCUGUUACACCUUCUCGUAAUGCUAAAGCAAAAGUCGACCAAGAACUAAAGACACCAGAGGCAGCACCGCAGGAAUUUGAUUUGGAACAAAGGCCUUUUAUGAAAUCGCUGACGACCGAAGAGGACUACUUCACGCUAACCCUAAAACAAUUCUGUGAAGAGGAUGAAGAAGAACCAAUCUUUAAUCCCAGAAUCCGCGGAAAACAAAUUUCCCUCUUCAGACUUUGGCAAAUCGUUAUAGUAUUUGGCGGCUUUGAAACGAUAAACGCUGAAAGUCGAUGGCAAGAGGUAGCUGAUAAAUUAAGCUUCCCUGUGGCCAACCGUUCUAAGGCUGCGCGAGACUUGAGGAGCUGUUAUGACGAAAUCUUAUACGAAUUUGAAAGAGUCGUAACCGAAGAAGAAAAUGAUCCGCAGAGUAUCCUUAUGUUCGCAGCCUCGCAAGAUGAGACUUUGAUAGCCUCACAACUUGCUGAUACAACUAUUUGCAGUGUUCAAAGGUUCUCUGAUCACGAAAGGGAUGCAGAGGAUGACGAUGAAGGUAUAGAACUACCACCAUUGAAAAAUUCUAAGCAAUUUUCAACUAUGUCAACCAAGAAGCGUGCGAUUGACUCCGAUGGGUUAUCCAACUUUAGCGAUUCUUCAGCAAUCAAUUCCAAGCGUAAAGCUAAGCGUGUUAGGGCCGAUAAGGGUAAAGGUAAAGAGGUAGAGAUUCCAUCUACCCCAGAGCAUAUUUUCAAUGUUACACAGCCACCCCGUCAUAUAUCGCCGCUCAAAUACCAAAUUAACGAGAAUGAUAAUGAUGGUAGCAGUGAGGAUGAUAGCGAUCGUGAAGCUCGAGAAAGAAUUCUUCGUAUUCAGCAGAAGAAACCACGAGAAUUGAUUCGGAAAGCUUCAGCAAAAAAACUCAGGGUUGAGCCAGAGACGCAAGAUUUCUAUUACCCAGACAUUGAUACUCAAGCCCCACCAGUAUCUCCAACUCCAGUCCGGAGGAAGAGGACCCCAAGCCCCAUUAUUGACCUAUCUCGAGAUUCAUCUGCAGAGUCGGAAGUGGAAGCGGAAGCGGAAACAGAUUCACAGGACAUCGUUGAUAUUGAGCUUGCUAAAUAUAUUGCCCUUGGCUAUUCCGAAGAUAUUAUCUACGAAGCUCUGAAGGCAUCAACUUAUGACUUUGAUAUUGCAAGUCCGGUCAUGAACCAAUUGCAAAUGGGACACGGGGUCCCGGACGAUUUAGCAGGAGUCUGGACUCAAAGAGAUGAUGAUGCGUUAGAGAGGAGGAAAGGGGAAGAAUACGAGAGAGUUAGGGAAAAACAUGGUGAUGAGAGAAUUCAUGCGAGGAUUAAGUUCUUGAGAAAUCUUAGCGAGAUUGAUCAAUGA